AUGGAGGGGCGCCCUGCGCAGAUCAAUACUGCACAGAACGGCCCUCGUGUUUCGCAAUCGCGUCGAAACGUCGGGCGAGCGAGUCCGUAUGACGGCAUUCCUUUUUGCUGCAGGGAAGCGCCUCCGCACACUAUUUCACAAUCUUCAUGGAAGGCGGGAAGGCCCACUUUGGAAUCAUUACAGGAACUCAGCCUCUUUUCAGCGUUGGAAGAAAAAGUUGCAAUGUGUUUUUCAAGUGAUAAGAAUGGAUUAAAUGCAAUUUUCUUCUUAAAUAUUGGCUCCAGCUUAAAAUAUGUAUGUAUGGAAUGGAAAAAACCUUGGAAAAAUUCUUCGUGAAAAGAAGGAACACCCGAGUAUGGAAAAUUCUAUAAACAUUAUUGAAACUUUUUCUUUUUUUGCCGAUUAUACAACUUGUUUUUUUAUUGCUUCACAUUAAUAUUUUCUAAUAAAAACCAGUUUGUUUGAAAAGUUAUAAGAUGCAUCAAAGCACAGUUCUUGCCAAAAGGUUUCAUUCGAAAAACCCUUUGAGUAUUCAAAAAGUCGAGUGAGAACCGUGCAUAAAUUCACGAGAAAAUUGAAAUUAAGCAACAUUUUGGGUAUUUGAUAGUCUCCGUCAAAAACUCCUUAACUUUGCUUGUGAACUGAAACACCAAUUUUGCAAAGUAAAUAAAAUAAAAACUGAAAAUCUCGAAAAUUUGGUUGAUUUAAAAAAAAAGAUCAUCGUUGCGAAGAAAAAAAUUUAGAAGAUAGAAAAAAUGUUGAGCAUAUGCGAAAACCAUCAUUUUCUUUUUUUUACGAGGUUACCUCGUAAAAGAGACCAUUCAUAUUUUUCUCUGCAGUUUUUUUCUUGAACGGAAAAAAAUAGUGGGAAACAGAAAACAAAAAAAACAUAAAUACGUCUUUCUAUUCUAAUUUUUAUAACAGCUCUGAACUAACAAAAGCCUGAAAAUAAAAAUAAACUCUUCAAAAUAAAAUGAAAAAAUAAAUUGAUGAAAAUGUUUGAGCGAAGGCUUGUUGAAACUCAGAAACACAAAACAAGAGGAUUGUGAAAUACGCAAACCGCGUCGCGUCCGUUUGCCUGCACAUCUAACAAGGUCCGCGAAAUGCAGAUUUGUCACUGGGCUGCUGUGUACAUCUUUCUCUCAAGUUUUUUUUUUGAAACAUUUGAGUCGACUGGUUCCAAUUUUUUUUUCAACCUAUUCAGAGUUUACUGGUUUUCUAGCCCGCUAUUCUCGGAAAAUUCUUUUUCAAACAUAUAAUGUUAUAAUUUUUAUUUUAAAGCGUUUUCGCAGUCUACAAUCCCACUUUUUUUGAAGAAUUUGAGAUUUUUGAAAAAAAAAAUAUAUCAGAAAAUUUAUAGCUCUGUGAAAGAUAAGCACGACGUUCGGCUUUCUUUGGCGGUAAAUUUCCUCAAUGAAACUUCAACUGUUAUAAAAAUAAGUUUAUUUGGGUGAGCUUCAUGAGCAAGCUAAUAAAUGUUUUCUUUGUCUAAAGUCUUUUUUUCAUUGCUUGUUUUUCUCCAAUUCAAAAGUUAUCAGAGAGUGGAAAAUUUUAAGAGAAACCAGAAACUGUGAAAUAAGAUAGUAGUUGUUUACACUACGAAGCAACAUAAAUCGCCAUAACUGUCUGAUAUUUUUUCAAGUCUGUUCGAGGUGGUCAUAUUGCGGAGUGGAAGAGAAAAAACCAAGAGAUCUGGCGCGAAAUAGCGCGGCACGUAGGAGCGCUGCCGCUAUCGAUUGCGGCGACGUCUUCAUUCGUUUCCCCGGUCUAUUCGCUUAUUCCACCACCUUUUUUUCUCCCUUUUGCUUCCAUUGUUAGUUUCUCAUGUUUUCUUUUUUACUUGAAUUCAGCUUUCAUUUCUGGUUUCAGCCGCCAUGGCGAACACUCCUUACAACUACUCGUACAUCUUCAAGUACAUCAUCAUCGGCGACAUGGGAGUUGGAAAGUCGUGUCUGCUCCAUCAAUUCACAGAGAAGAAGUGUCAGUACGAAUGCACAAGAUUUAUGUUAAAAUGUUCGGAGUUUCAGUCAUGGCGGAUUGCCCCCACACGAUUGGCGUUGAGUUUGGCACGAGAAUCAUUGAAGUGAGCGGCCAGAAAAUCAAGCUGCAAAUUUGGGACACUGCUGGCCAAGAAAGGUAGUUUUUACUUUUGUAUGAAUUUUUAUUGUCCAAAUUUUCUUUGAGCGUAGUCAAACUAAAAUUUUUCAUAAGCUCAUAGAUCCCUUUUUUAGGCGAGGGCAUAAAAAAAAAGUUCAAAAUUAAAUAAAAAGCCAAAAAAAUGAAAAUAAAAAUUUUCGUCACUGUUACGCCGCAUUUCAAAUUGAUUGAUGACAAAUGUUUGGAAAGAAAAAAGAAAAACUUCGUGACCCGAUCUGCAGAUUCCGUGCCGUAACUCGUUCCUACUACCGCGGAGCCGCUGGAGCUCUGAUGGUGUACGACAUGACGCGGAGGUCCACAUACAAUCAUUUGAGCAGCUGGCUCACCGAUGCACGCAAUCUCACCAACCCGAACACUGUGAGUUUGUAUUAAGUUUAUCCAGAAAUUAGCACGAAAGCACUCACAUUCUCUUUAUUCAAAAAAUUUAGAAUUGGGAGUAUCUUCUAGUUCGAUUUCCAGAAUACUUUUUGGCACAAUAGAAAACAUUUUUUUCCAUUUUUUCUCACAACAAAAUUAAAAAGACUUUUACUACAGGCUAUUUGUCAUUUUUUAAAGACUCGGGUAAUUGCGUCCAAACUUUUACUGUUUUUCAAACUUUUUAUCACAUAUCAGUUGCAAAAAAAUCAAAGAUCUACUGAUUUCUUUUUGACACUGAAAAUUUUGAAAAUAAUUCACAAAAUUCCAAAAAAAAAAUGGAGUAAGCAGGAAAACGCAGUAGGCAAAUCGCAAUAUCCACAUCACCAAUAUUUGAGGCGAUUUUCCUUAUCGGCAACAAAGCGGACUUGGAAGACCAGCGCGACGUUCCUUAUGAAGAGGCGAAAGCUUUUGCUGAAGAGAACGGUUUGACAUUCCUCGAGUGCAGUGCCAAAACGUCAGUUUCCAGUUUUGUAGCUUUUGAAAACCUUAAAUGUUUUACAGGGGAUCAAACGUCGAAGACGCUUUUUUGGAAACGGCAAAGGAGAUCUAUCAAAACAUUCAAGAUGGAAGGUUGGUCAAUUUAUCAAACUCAGUUCGGUGGCUUGAAUUGGGAAAAACUUUUUUUAUUCCUUCGAAUAAUCAAGUUUAAUCAAAUAUCUUUCAAAAGAUGGCAAUCAUUAAAGUUUUUUUUCAGCCUGGACCUGAACGCUGCUGACACGGGAGUCCAGCCAAAACAAACUCUGCCACGUCCGGGAACCACAGCGACCAACGAAAAGAGCGACUGCAAAUGCUAG